CUCUCUCUCUCUCUCUCUCUCUCUCUCGCUAUGGAUGUUGAAGAUGGUGGAAAACCUAGGCCACAAGACCUUGAGAAACCAACGGUUGGGUUUGAUGGGUCAUGUCUAGUAGUAAAAGCAAAGGCAAGUGAAUGGCCAUUUGUGGUGUUAAGGGUGCUAGCAAUAUGUGCCACGCUCUCAGCUACACUUGUGAUGGCACUGAACAAGCAAAGCAAAACAAUGGUUGUGGCAUUGGUUGGAAAUACUCCUAUUACUGGAACCGUCACUGCCAAGUUUCAACAAACCCCAGCUUUUGUGUUCUUUGUGAUAGCCAAUGCUAUUGCCAGUUUCCAUAACAUAUCCUUGUUGCUGCUUCGCUUAUAUGGUAGUAAGUUGCAAAUAAAAGGGCUUGGGCUUUUGGUCACUAUCUCAGACAUGAUGAUGGUAUCUCUAGUCUCAGCUGCCGCUGCAGGUGCAGCUGCAAUGGCUGAACUUGGGAAGAAUGGCAACACACAUGCAAGGUGGAACAAGAUCUGCGACCGGUUCGAGACAUUCUGUGACCAUGGUGGUGGGGCCCUCAUCGCAUCCUUCAUCAGCGUCGGUCUUUUGAUGGCUCUCAAUGCGUUAUCCACCGUUGCUCUUUACAAGAACCGGGCAUGUCGUUAAGAGACUUUGCACUUGCGUGUGCACCGAUUUAUGAUGGACCCUCCUGUACUGUGUGCUUGCGUGUUUGUUUUGUUUGGUGUUCCGUUUUCUAAUUAAAGAUGGGUUUGGAAUGUUCCUUUCCUUCCUUUGAUAA